GAUUCUCCUCAACAACCUUUCCAACUGCACAUUCUCAUUGAUUCCAUCAAAGACGGUCGGAGAAAAUUCAAACGAAAGGCGCUUGCAGCCACUUCGUGCCGCCCUAUCCAUCUAGCAGCGCACUUAAGCGAUUUGCUCUCUCUGGGUCAUCAAUUGAUUUCAUCUUGGUAUCGAUAAGAGCAAGAAGGCUAUUCAAUUCACCACGUUCUCCCUCUUCCUCUUCCUCUUCCACUUCUCCACUUGCUCUGCCUCUACCUUUUCUUCUUCUUGCUCUCCUUCAGCAUAUUGUUUCUAUUUCGCCACUUUCACGUAGCAACGAACAAAUAAGGUAUUUUGUCUCUUCGUCUCCGAUGUUGUCUCCUACCCCUCUUUUCAUUCAUUAUUUCACGGUACCGUGUCUCUUCACAUGAUACGAGUACGGCACGAGAAAACUUUACGCGAUUGAUCACCUUUCAAAUAGGAGGAUACCUCUUCUUCAAUAAGGUCUCUUUUCGUCGAAAAGAUCAUCUAUCAGAAUCGUUUAUUGAUUCUUCUCUGGUAUUUAGGAGUUCUAUGACCUUUUGAAAAGGACAAUAGGUUUAUAUUCGACAUUUGCCUUUCGUUGUUUCGCGCACUUAAAGUAACUCAACGAUUUCGGCUCUCAAGGGGCGCUAGCUAAGGGAUUUCAUCUCGAAGCGAGAACUUGACUUUCUUUCCCUCUCAAAUCAAUCAUACCACGAUAAUUCAACGCGUACAUAUCCCUUGAAAACAACGUUGGGGAACAUUUAUAUGAUUGCGAAUUGAAGAGAAGUAUAUGAAAUCCAUUUAAAUUAUAUAAUCACUUAACUAACAAUUCAUUAGUUGUAUUGGGACUGCCAUCGCAAUUGAUAGGAGUCGGGUCGGUCGCAGGAGGCGACGAGCGAGGAAGCUAUGAGCCAACUCAAUUCUCGCCCAACACGCUCUCGUCGUUCCAGUCCAUUUGUUUCCGCACAACGUAAUCCGAAUUCCUCUCCAGCUACAGUAGCAGAUACAGGUCGAAAAAGAACGUUUAUGGAUAAAUGGACGGAACCUCCUAUUCCUGCUCCCAUGCCAUCAUUUGCAGAAGCUGGAAUGGAGAGGCAUGGAGUGGUCGCAAACAUGGCACCACUUGGAACGCGACCGAGCGCAAAAGCUGUUAAGUCUUCUGCCAAACCAGAGGUACCAGAUGCGAGUGGAGGCAGACCAAACGGCGUUGCGGAAGCGAUGGAUGAUUCACUUCCGCCUUCUCUAUCGGCGACACCCCAGGCCGCACCCCAAGAAGCGAUGGAUACCACGGAACCUAACUCGAACGUUUCGCGGAGAAGAUCCACAUCUACGAAAGCUGAAGAACUCGAACACGUACUACCAUCAACACCUCAACAACCAAGAAGCGCGCGAAAAAGUGUUACUAGAUCGAGUGUCGCACCUCCCAGUGUACGAAACGAAAGUGAAGGACCUAGCAUUUAUGCAACUUCUCCAGUCCAGCGCACACCUCUUCCAAACGAGUCGCCUUCUACAGCUUCCUAUCAUGCUCAUAAAAUGAGUAAUUAUACAUAUGAUGAAAGAGAUGAAGCUCGUCAGAGGGAGGGUCGGGCUCGUGCAGUCGAAGCGGCUUCUCGCAGAAAGACGGCCAGAAUUGUUGAGUUGGCUGUCUCUCACGCGAUCGAGGAGAACCGCUGGUGUACUGCCUAUGCUUUACGAGAACUUUACGAUGAAGACCCUGAAAAUUUUGGCAUACUUGUUGAAAAACAGGUCUACGAGGAGGCUACGGAGGAAGAGAUUCGGGAUUUUUACAGAUUGAUUGGAACCAAGAAGAAGGAAGGCAGAAAGGACAAGGCUGCUGAAUAUUAUUUCAAUGGAGAUGGUAGCGACCCUGCACCUCAUCGACCACGACGUCAAGUUCAACAAGCACCCGUCCAACCUGUAUUCCACUUUGCCCCCAUAUUCGAGGCAAAAAGGACUACAUACGCUUCGCCAUAUGCUAAAGCACCGGCUGCAACGACGGCAACGACGGCAACGACGACAUAUACCUCACCAUACGCUCAGCCACCUCCGCCAUUAUCAUCUACUUCUACCAACAAAGCUCCAACGGUAACAACUGCUGACUCUGUCAGACGCUCAUCAGAUGCUAAACCAGCUUCUACAUCUGGAUCUCCAAGAAAACUGGGAGACCAUGGCCUUUACCCUAAUAAAAAGCACAAAGGAAACAGUUUUGCAGCCGUAAAUGAGGACGUCAAUGGAAAAUCGGAUGCAAGUGCAACUGGACCUGGAAUCGGAAAUAGAACUGAUGGAAUCACGAAGAAGCAACAGAACGGAGUUGCGUCGGCUUCUUCUUCCGCUGUAGUAUUGUCAUCCCCACUUCCUAAAUUAUCAGAUCGACCAAGAGCACUCUCAAUUUCAAGCUCAUCAUCAUUAUCUUCGGUGGAUGAACAAAUUCUCGAUAAUGAUGAAUAUGAUCCUAUGGAUUUCGACCACGCUCAGAAUCAUGCUGGUACAGCAAAGCCUUCAGAUGGUUUCGAGCAAUCCAAGGGACAGGGUAUUGUUAGGGCGGGUAACGCCAAUGCCAACGCCAAAUUUGGUGCGUCCGUGUCAACCGAGACCCAGUCAAAUGCUGGAGGGUCAAUUAAUCAAAAGCGACCAAUCAAAUCAAAAAAAUUGUCUAGGUUCGAAUCAGACACAUUUUCAUCCACGGCAAAGAAAACCAAUAAUAAGAGUCGAAGUCUGAACAAAUCUAAAACUUCGUCACCCGCGCCUCCAUCCUUCCAAGCUAUCAAUAUUCCGACCAGAUCUCACAACUCAUCCAACAAUUCAAACUCUCGUGUCGAUAGCGACAAUAAUCAGGCCAAUCCAAGCAUGGCACCUGAAUUAAUACGUACCUCAUCAUCAUCAUCGGUUGGAUCAGUGCCAAUAUUAAAGCCAGUGGUGCCUAAAAGGCCACAAAUUGUUUUCAAGUCAAAGAAGAAGACACAGGCAGUUGAUCGCCCGACUUAUGAAGAGAGCGAGAUGGUUGGUAAAUGGAAGCGCAAGGCGCGAGAAAUUACCAACGGUAUUACUGAGGAUUUACGAACUGAGAGCUUUGUUCGUCCAGAUAUACAGCCAAGAAGUGUCACUCCUCCAAAUUUUCGUAGACCUGUCGAGUAUGCAUCUGAUGGAGGAGAUUCUGUUUCCAUUCCUACUGCUUCUGUUACAGCUUCUAGUCGUCCAUCCAAAACCAUUCGACUGGGCACUAAGAAUGAUCGAGCUAGUAGAAGACAAACUACUACUGCUCCUGUCAACAAUUACGACUCGGAAAUGAGUUCACCUACAGGACUUGGGUUUCAACCAGACUUGCCUCCUGGAUCAUUACCAAAUUCACGCGCUGGCACACCCUCAUCUAAUCGACCAUCUAGAAAGGCUAAGAAUGGCACAGGUCUACGUGUCAAAACUUCACCAAUGAAGAAAAAGAGUGGCCCUUCAGCUGGUAUCCCGAGAGCAAGCGGUGAAAGAGAUAGUCCAGUUGGAGGUUUUUACCCAAAUUUACAAGGUGGAGGAACUAUCGGAGAAAACGACGAUUAUUGUGCGGCUUGUGGAGGUAAUGGUAAAUUGCUUUGUUGUGAUGGAUGUACUCGCUCCUUCCACUUCAAAUGUGUAGAUCUUUCACCAGACUCACCAACCUUAACGACGGAAGAAUGGUUUUGUAACGAAUGUCUCGCACAAAGUGUUCCUCGAUCCAAGGAUGAAGAAAUUGGUUAUUUCGGCCCUUUGUUGGCAAAUAUGGAGAGAAAGAACCCAAGCGCUUUCCAUCUUCCAAAGGCAAUUCGGGAGUAUUUUGAGAACGUCAAGACCGGGACUGAAGGAGAGUAUGAAGAAGGUGUUGUACAGAAACCAAAGAACAAUCGUGGCUAUGAUGAAGCCCCGGAUUACUUUAAGCUAAAGGACAGCAAAGGAAAUCCAAUUCUCUGUCAUGGCUGUCACCUUUCAGCUGUUAAUCCAAGUCGGGCAAUUAUUCCUUGUACUUAUUGUAGUCUCUCAUGGCAUUUGGAUUGCUUGGACCCUCCACUUGCGAAAGAGCCUCCGCCUGGAAGAUCUUGGAGGUGUCCAGCUCAUGUUGAUGAUCUUCUCGAGCAAGUACCAGGAUCUUUAGGUCCAGCUCAUCGUUUCCGAAAGAUCAAAGGAGCUUCACUCAUUAAGCCUGUUCUUGCUCGUGGCGUUAGAAAUAAUGGUCACAUCGAGAUUGAGAACGCUACUUCUGAUGAUGAAGAUCAAGGUAGUGGCUUUUAUGAGCAGAGAGAGUAUGGUCAUGUGUACAAGCUUCCAGAGGAAGGUAUCAAACUUGACUUCAUUUCACGUGUUCAUCGUGAAUUUGGACAUUACAAUCAACGCAGCUUUGCAAACAGGCGGGCAUCUAUUCCAAAGCCACGAUUACAAACUACCGAAUUCGACAGUCGUAGCCUUGAUGAACAGCAAGCUGCUCUCAAUCUCGCAUAUCUGGCCACUGCAAAUCCAACGAUCAAUCUUACACAAACCCUGAUUGAUGCCUUAAUUUCCGAAGCCGAUGAGCCAGUCAUUAAGUUAAUUGCAAAAGGAGAUGCGUCCAAGCUCUCCAAGAAAAAGCCAUUAACUCAAGCUGACAAAUCAUCUCUGGUUGCUAUGACAGCCUUCCUUCAGGAACGUCUAGCUUCGACCUCUGGCGAUGUUGAGGGCGACGACGGCAUGAUAGUGGACAAUGAAGAUGACGACUUGUGAUUUCUUGGUUGCCGACCAUCAAAUUGGGAUGAUUUUAGAUUGAUCUAGUUUGACCAUGAGGGUAUGGUACCAACUGAGGACUAAUGCAAUCUUGUCUCGUGACAUAGUCAUCACAUGAUAAUGUCUUGGCGUAUAGUGGGCAUAAAUAUCACAUCUCUCCUCUUCGUAGUGUUAUCA